CUCAUCGCCCACCACCAAAACAAUCCAAUCCAAUCCCACCGUAGAGAGGGGAGAAGCGCGGAGGAUGUCGGGCCGCGGCAAGGGAGGCAAGGGGCUGGGCAAGGGCGGCGCGAAGCGCCACCGGAAGGUGCUCCGCGACAACAUCCAGGGCAUCACCAAGCCGGCGAUCCGGCGGCUGGCGCGCAGGGGCGGCGUGAAGCGCAUCUCGGGGCUCAUCUACGAGGAGACCCGCGGCGUGCUCAAGAUCUUCCUCGAGAACGUCAUCCGCGACGCCGUCACCUACACCGAGCACGCCCGCCGCAAGACCGUCACCGCCAUGGACGUCGUCUACGCGCUCAAGCGCCAGGGCCGCACCCUCUACGGCUUCGGAGGCUAGGCCGAGGGUUCAUCGAUCCAGCUCGCGACGCCGCCGUCCGACCGAGAGUAGUAGUGCUAUCUAUCUAGUUGCUGUCUAGGGUUCGUGGUUCUCCGUGCAAGAGCAGUGGUAUCUCCUUGGUGUUUGCUCCCGUCUUGUGAGCUGAUGUUGCUGUUGUAGAGAUGUACUGGAAGAAGUUUGGAAUGGAAAUUGCAGCAGUUUAUCCCUGAAA